CAAAGGGGGCGGGACGUCCGUGUUCCUGUAGCUGGCUGCUGCUCCAGGCUCUGGGGAAGAGGUGGCUGUGAGGGGCCUGAGCUCGCGGCUCUUUGGAUUCCGAAGCCUCGGGUUUAUUUGAGGGAGGAGAAUCUGCUGCGGCCGAUCCCGCGACACUCCUGACCUCCGCGCGACGUGCCCGCCGCUGCUGUUGGUUGGAGCAUUUGACAUUGUGCAGCAAAGAAAUGGUUAUGGAGAAGCCCAGUCCGCUGCUUGUGGGGCGGGAGUUUGUGAGGCAAUAUUAUACUUUGCUGAAUAAAGCUCCUGAAUAUUUACACAGGUUUUAUGGCAGGAAUUCCUCCUAUGUCCAUGGUGGAGUGGAUGCCAGUGGAAAGCCCCAGGAAGCAGUGUAUGGCCAAAAUGAUAUACACCACAAAGUGUUAUCUCUGAACUUCAGUGAAUGUCAUACCAAAAUUCGUCAUGUGGAUGCUCACGCAACUUUAAGUGAUGGCGUAGUUGUCCAGGUUAUGGGAUUGCUGUCUAACAGUGGACAGCCUGAGAGGAAGUUUAUGCAAACCUUUGUUCUGGCUCCAGAAGGAUCUGUUCCAAAUAAGUUUUAUGUCCACAAUGAUAUGUUUCGUUAUGAAGAUGAAGUAUUUGGUGAUUCUGAACCAGAACUUGAUGAAGAAUCAGAAGACGAGGUAGAAGAGGAGCAAGAAGAAAGGCAGCCGUCUCCUGAACCUGUGCAAGAGAAUGCUAACAGCGCUUAUUAUGAUGCUCAUCCUGUGACUAAUGGCAUAGAGGAGCCUUUGGAAGAAUCCUCUCAUGAACCUGAACCUGAGCCAGAAUCUGAAACAAAGACUGAAGAGCUGAAACCACAAGUGGAGGAGAAACACUUGGAAGAGCUAGAGGAGAAGUCUGCCACUCCUCCUCCUGCCGAGCCUGCUUCUCUGCCUCAAGAACCGCCAAAGGCUUUCUCCUGGGCUUCAGUGACCAGUAAAAACCUGCCUCCUAGUGGUACUGUUUCUUCCUCUGGAAUUCCACCCCAUGUUAAAGCACCAGUCUCACAGCCAAGGGUUGACGCUAAACCAGAAGUUCAGUCUCAGCCACCACGUGUACGUGAACAGCGACCCCGAGAGCGACCCGGUUUCCCUCCUCGAGGACCAAGGCCAGGCAGAGGAGAUGUGGAACAGAACGACUCUGACAACCGGAGAAUUAUUCGUUAUCCGGACAGUCAUCAGCUUUUCGUUGGUAACUUGCCUCAUGAUAUUGAUGAAAAUGAACUGAAAGAAUUCUUUAUGAGUUUUGGAAACGUUGUGGAACUUCGCAUCAAUACCAAGGGUGUUGGGGGAAAACUUCCAAAUUUUGGUUUUGUGGUUUUUGAUGACUCUGAACCAGUUCAGAGAAUCUUAAUUGCAAAACCAAUUAUGUUUCGAGGAGAAGUACGUUUAAAUGUGGAAGAGAAAAAAACGAGAGCUGCCAGAGAGCGAGAAACCAGAGGUGGCGGUGAUGACCGCAGGGAUAUCAGGCGCAGUGAUCGAGGCCCUGGUGGUCCACGUGGAAUUGUGGGUGGUGGAAUGAUGCGUGAUCGUGAUGGAAGAGGACCACCUCCACGAGGGGGCAUGGCACAGAAACUUGGUUCUGGAAGAGGAACCGGGCAAAUGGAAGGCCGCUUCACAGGACAGCGUCGUUGAAGUUCCACUGUCGGCAAAGUUUUGGCAGUGGUAUCUAACUCAUCGUGUUUGCAUUCUUGUUAAGUUUUUUUGGCUUUGGAAUGUGACACAGCCUUUUUGAUCAUU